AUGGCUGCCCUUGCUCGUGCUCUCCCGCGCCCUGUACAUGCGAGCGUCGAGGAGGAGGAGGCGCCGGUGCUCAAGACGCUCCCCAAGGCUAACAUUCCUGUGUACGGCAAGCGCAAGGGAUGGAAGCCGAGCAGCGAGGCCGACUUUGGCGGUGGCGGCGCGUACCCGGAGUGCCAUGUCGCGCAGUACCCGCUCGAGAUGGGCCGCAAGAAGACGGCACCCGGGUCGACAGUCGCCCUGCAGGUCGACGCAGACGGGACUGUGCGGUACGACGCGAUUGCGCAGCAGGGCCGCGGAUCUGGACAGCGCGUGCAGUCGAGCUUCAAAGACCUUGUUCCCUAUGCUAACCGCACCGAUGUGUCUGAGGACGACCGGGCCAUGCUCCGUCCCGACGAGGAAUCGGUGAACGACACGACUGAGAGGACACGGCUGGCACUCGAGAAGAUCACGCACGGCAAGAUCAAGGCGGCGCAGCCCAAGCAUGUGCCAAAGGCCAACGGCGACGCGACGUACAUCCGCUACACCCCAGCUAACCAAGGCGCAGACAAGAGCAAACAGCGCAUUAUCAAGAUGACUGAGGUGCAGGAGGACCCGCUGGAGCCGGCGCGCUUCAAGCACAAGAAGAUCCCGCGAGGGCCAGGCUCGCCACCACCGCCCGUGAUGCACUCGCCACCGCGCGCAAUUACCAAGCAGGACCAGGCGGACUGGGACAUCCCACCGUGCAUCUCCAACUGGAAGAACAACAAGGGUUUCACGGUCCCGUUAGACAAGCGCCUGGCAGCCGACGGACGCGGGUUGCAGGACGUCGGGAUCAACGACAACUUUGCCAAGUUUGCUGAGUCGCUGUUCGUGGCCGACCGUCAUGCACGAGAGGAGGUGCGCGCUCGAGCGCAGAUGCAGCAGCUCCUUGCGCAGAAGGAGAAAACGCAGAAGGAGGACAAUCUGCGCCUCCUGGCCCAGAAGGCGCGCGAGGAACGGAGUGGGGGUGCUACUGGGUCUGGGGCACCGCGCGAGAUCGCGGCACCGUCCCUGGGCGUCGGGCUCGGCGGGUACGCGAGCUCGGACGACGAGUCUGGGAGUGGCAGCGACGAGGAGUCUGAUGAUGAGGCGGCGGUUCGCGAGCGCGAGGCUGUGCGUGAGGAGAAGCGCCGGGAGCGCGAGAAGGAGCUACGCAUGUCCAAUAUGGGCAACGAGCAGCGGGCCAAGAUUCUCGCACGUGAGCAGAACCGCGACAUCUCGGAGAAGAUUGCUCUGGGCCUCGCCAAGCCCUCCGCGUCCAAGGAGACGCUGCUCGACUCGCGUCUGUUCAACCGCGAGUCUUUGGCAACUGGCUUUGGGGCGGACGACUCCAACAACCUGUACGACAAGCCGUUGUUUGCGGGUUCGACAGCGGCUGCGGCGAUCUACCGGCCGCGCGGGAACGCGGGCAACGACGAAAGCUUCGGCGGCGGCACAGAGGAAGGCAUCCGUGCCGAGUUGGAGAAGGACAGGUUCGCGCUUGGCAAGGCGACACGCGGCUUUGACGGUGCGGACAGCAGCGAGGUCCGCGAUGGGCCUGUCCAGUUCGAGAAGGAGAUCAGCCUGGACGGCACGGCUGACCCGUUCGGUGUCGAGCAGUUCCUUGACGCAGCUAAGCGUGGAGGCAAGCGUGCAGCAGCUGACGACGACCGUGACGACGCGCGCAAGCGCCAUCGCGAAGAUUAG